AUGAGAAAAGACUACAACUACUUCCCCCUGUUGAACGCUUAUGGCAUAAACUCCAAAGAGAAUUUCGACAGUUUACGGUGCCUAUACCAAAGUGGCCAGAAGCUGAGGAACUAUGAUGAAGACAGUAUUGGUGACUUCGAGAUUCAAACCUUACUUGACAGGCGGUGCAGACGUAUAGGACGUCACAGAACCCCAUACAUGGAAUACCUUGUCCGGUGGAAAGGAUACGGCCCUGAACACGACCUAUGGUAUAGACGCCAGGACUUAAUGGAUGCGAAGAUGCUGUUGAGAGACUACGACAACUCUCACCCGCAUAACAACUGUCCCGUUCACGGACAGUUGGAUUCCAAAGACGCCACGACCCUAUUAGCCGAAGCGUUGCUGGCGAUUCUAGCAAAAGACACCUUGCCGGUCAUUAUAUCUACCUAUAUGGACGCUAAUACGCCCUGGUAUAGGUAG